AUGGAACAAAAGAUAAUUAAACCAUUGCCAUAUAGGCAAUUGGCCAUCAUUUGCGCAUGUAGAUUUGCUGAACCUAUUUGUUUUACCGUCAUAUUUCCAUUUAUUGUGCAAAUGGUUAGGGACUUUCAUAUCGCAGAUGAAAAGGGUGUUGGUUACUAUGUCGGAUUCAUUACUUCUUGUUUUGCAUUAUCUCAGCUAUUAACAGGCAUUCAUUGGGGUAUGCUCUCGGACAGGAUCGGGAGAAGACCGGUUAUUUUGCAGGGCCUAGUAGGCACUAUCACAAGUAUCUUACUCUUUGGGUUAUCGAAAUCAUUCAUUUGGGCACUAGUCUCUCGAAGUCUCUGUGGCUUGCUGAAUGGUAAUAUUGGUGUAUUGAAAAGCAUGGUAUCAGAAUUAACCACUGAUCAUUUACCACACCAGAGAGCCCGAGCAUUCUCUUUACUACCACUAAUGUACGGUCUUGGAUCUAUUAUUGGUCCGAUGCUUGGCGGCUUUCUAUCUCAUCCGGUUCAAAAUUAUCCCGGAGUGUUUGGUCAUUUGGGGUUCUUGACUGAUUUCUUGACGGAGUAUCCCUACUUCUUACCAUGCUUCAUUUCAGCUUUUAUCUGUACUUUAGGAUUGAUAUUCGGUUUGUUUUUCUUGGAAGAAACGCAUCCGGUGUACGCGCAUCAUUCAGAAGAUGAAGAAACUUCCUUGAUCCAAACAGAGAACGAGCAAAAUUACUCUACUUUUAAAAACCAAAAGGAUCAACGCUCACCUACACCUACUAUCAAGGACAGAUACAAACCACCUACGCUCAAGGAAUCCAUUACACCACAGGUUGUUGCCAUUUGCAUCGCCUAUGGAUUUUUUGCUUUCCAAGCUGUUUACAUGGACGAGCUAUUCCCCCUUUAUACUGCCAGUACCAGAGAAAAUGGCGGCUUAGGCUUUAGUUCAUACGAGAUCGGUGCUGCCCUUGCCUAUGCUGGUGUGGUCACUCUUAUCGCUCAAUUGCUCAUCUUGCCUGCCCUAACACGAAGAUUUGGAUUACUUCGCUUGUUCCAGAUCGUUCUCUUUAUUCUCAUCUUUUUAUAUCUCUCUCAAGGCAUCAUUCGUACACUGUACAAUGUACCUAAUUUUGACGGACAUAAGAAUACAAAACUCUGGGUUUGGGUAGGCCUGAUCAUAUCACAGACUAUCAAGACAAUAGGACAUACUAUCUGCUUCACUGGAUGCACCAUUCUUGUCAACAACGCGGCUCCUAGAAAAGAUGCUUUGGGCGCUGUGAAUGGAUUCUCUCAAUGCUGUGCAAGUGCUACAAGAGCAAUGGGACCAGCUGUUUGUGGUAGUUUAUGGUCAGCAGCAUUAACUGCCACUUGGUUGCCUUACACAAUUCGUGUCAAUGUCAGUUUUGCUUUCCUUGCAUUGAUUGGCACAGUUACGUUUAUACUCAGUAAGAGACUAGAUCCUGAAUACUAUGAACAGGCACAUACAAGAGAGGAGAUCGUUGAAGUUGAUAAAAGCAGAGCCAGCUCUAUACAAGAAGAGCAACAAGCAGUGGCAUCUACGAGUAACCCUUCACACUAA